GCGGCCCGACCUGGCUCGCGGCUGGGAGCUGCCCGCACGGCCUCGGCUCCGGGCCGGCCCCGCUGAGAGGCGCCCGCGGCGGAGCGCGGCGGGCAGGCAGCGCGACGGGCAGCCCUCCGGCCGGCGGCGAUGGCGGCCGCGCUGGGGUCGCGGGCGGCGACGCGGCUCCUGUUCGCGGCGCUGCGGGGCCGCGGCCCGGGCGUGGAGGCCAUGUCAGCAGAUGCUCACUGGUUGACAGCAGAGGAGAGGAGCCAAGCUAUACUUGACCUUAAAGCAGCAGGAUGGUUGGAAUUAAAUGAGAGAGAUGCCAUCUACAAAGAGUUCUCCUUCAAAAAUUUUAAUCAGGCAUUUGGCUUUAUGUCCCGAGUUGCCCUACAAGCAGAGAAGAUGAAUCAUCACCCGGAAUGGUUCAAUGUGUAUAACAAGGUGCAGAUAACUCUCACCUCCCAUGACUGUGGUGCACUGACCAAAAAAGAUGUGAAACUGGCCAAGUUUAUUGAAAAAGCGGCUGCUUCUGUGUGAUUUCUUCCAAAAGGAAUGUGAAAUCUUAUUUCCACCUUGGGUGCAAUGUAUUUUGAAGGCAAUUUACAUGAUUAAAUAAAGUUGUGAAUUUAGUUCACCUUUUGAACUGUAUCAAUGUUGUAAAAUCAGUGCUUAAAUAUAAAAUGAUUUAAACUUGA